AUGACCUUUAUUGGCAUUUUUUGUUUUUGCCUUCCACCAGACGACUCAUGUGGUUUAUAUUUGCAGAGAAACCUUAACAACGCUUUUGCUUACGAUCUCGUUCCAUCCGUUGCCGUCAUGACUGCUGCCCUCAAGGCUGCCAGAAGAGUCAACGACUUCCCCACCGCCGUCCGUGUCUUCGAGGGCAUCCGAUCAAAGGUUGAGAACCGAUCUCAGUACGAGGUGUACCUCGAAGAACUCAAGGAUCUAAGAGAGGAGCUCGGGAUUGUUCUCCAGGAAGACCUAUACCCACAGGAGUCCAAGUAG